UUAGAGCAUAAAUCGACAACAUCUUGAAGUGAUGCGUGAGAUUAAUGAAUUAAAAAGAUGUGUAGCAUUCCUAGAGAAAACAACAAAAAUCUUAAAUAAUAAAUAUGACAAUUUACGGAAAAAGUAUGACGAAUUAAUGGAUGAUAUACAUGAACAAAAACAAAAAGUUGAAUUUUUAAUUCAAAUAAUUAUAGAUGAAUCUAAACAAUCAGCUAAAGAAGAAACUGCCGCUAAAACUGAUGAUAAACUCUCCAACAAUCCACUGGUUAAUUUAGACAAUGCUGUAAACUCAAUCACCAAUGGAAUUACUAAUGAACCAGCAAAUGCUGUAUCUACUCCGACGUCGAGUGGCAAACAAGCUCUUCCAAAAGCUUUGGUUAAACUACAAGUCCUGACUCAUGUCAUCGAGGGUUUUGUCAUCCAAGAAUCUUCUGAGCCGUUUGCAGACAAACAGUGGACGGACAUGGAUGUUGAUAGCAAGAAAGAUGAUCCAGCGAAGAAAAUUGCGGAAGAAAAAUCAGUUCUGCCUAUUGAAGAUCUUACUCCUAAAAUUAAUCCUAUCAAAUGGACGGUCAACGAAGUGUGCGACUUUAUUCGCAACUUACCAGGGUGUUCAGACUACGCAGAGGACUUUGCAAUCCAGGAAAUUGACGGUCAAGCUCUGAUGUUGCUCAAAGAAGAUCACUUGAUGUCUGGAAUGAGCAUCAAACUAGGUCCAGCAUUGAAGAUAGUCGCUAAAGUAGACUCUAUGAGAAUAGACAACAAUGUUAGCAACUCACCCUUGUCAAAUAGCUCAUAA